CAGGUUCCCCACGUAUACGGAGAGCUCUGCGUCCACCCAGAGGGGCUUGCAGCUGCUGUUCCCUCCGCCAUUCCUGCCUUGUGGUUGUCCGGCCUCUGCUGCAGGCGGUGGAGGAGUGGGCGACUCCAUCUCUCCUCUGACCUCCUCUGAUGCGUAGAGCUCUCCCCUCGUCACGAACAGCUCACGUUGUUAGCAAGGAGACAGGAGAAAAGCGAAGCUGCAGGCAUCAUACAUGACCACGCACACGUGGGUGCGGGUGCUAGAUUUUCUGCACUUUGAACCUUGGUUGGUUGCAGAAAGGUCACAAGACACCCAAGGCUCUCCGCGUCUCACACACGGACACCGGCACACAGCAGUGGAACGGCGACUUCUCCUCUCCCUGUCUCUCGUAGCGGUCUUCUCGAAGAAUCGCCUGCCAUGGCAGGGUCCUCCCCAACCACCACGGGCAAGUCUCGCGGGGCAGCUGCCACCAAGAAAAUGGUCGUCGGAAUGAAAGAACUCUGGACGUCGGCCGUCAAAGACUUCACCGAGAACUCCCGCGAACUGAAACAGGAUUUCGUAGGGAUGAUAGAGGCAGCGAGAGAGAAGAUGCCCUCGGGGUCUCCCAAGGAACCAAAUAUGCCGUCGUCUCUCCUCGUCCACCAGGCGGUCAACUUGGACGUGGGCGGCGAACUCCUCUCGAAAUUCAAAGAGGAAUGGAGUCUCGUACACCGCAGGACAGAGGAGGCUUCGCGGGUGUCUGUCACCCUCGACGGCGACCUGCGCGAGAUGCACAGAGGGAUCCAGUACACCCACACCAUCAUCUCCGACUGCUGCAAGGAGCUGAAACAGCUCCCCGAGGUGGUGAAGGCCGUCGAGACGUCGCGAGAGAAGGUCCGGGAGUUGGGACAACUGCUGGAGAAGGUGGAGGAGAGUAUCGCCGAGUACGCCCGGGUUCGCGCCAAGCUCGAGGCCGUGAGGAAGAGAGAGUCGCUCAAGAUUCAGCAUGAGCGACAGAGAGGGAGGGCGGAGAGGGAGCUGCAGCGACUGAAGGACACUCUGGCAGAGGAGAAGAGGUUAAAGGACGGGGUGGAGAGCCAGAUCGAGACGGAGAAGGCAGCUGAGCGGCAAAAGACAUUUGGCGACAUGUUCCAACAGCAGUUGGCCGACUAUCGGAAAACGGGAUCCGUCGACCGAUCAAUCCGGGCACCUAUCGGGACUGUCCAGUUGGAGGAUGUGUUGAUUGAGGAUACGGACGGGACUGCCUCCCUCAAUGAGUUUCUCAGUGAUGUUGAUGAUGUCAUUGAGGAGUCACAUGACGUGCCGCACGACUCAGAGGAGGAAAAAGAGUUUCUCAGUGAUGUUGAUGAUGUCAUCGAGGAGUCACAUGACGUGCCGCACGACUCAGAGGAGGAAAAAGAGGAGCCGCAGGGGAAGGGGGCAGAGGAGACCAGUGGAGAGACCCAGAGUGGAACUUCUUAGUUUUGGCAUUUCACACUGUGUUCAAACAUACACUGUUAGUCGCACAAAAUCAUUCUCACCACGUCAUGCUGUUACAGCAUUUUUUUGCGUCACUCUGCACAGGUAUACAUUAAGUGUGUAAAUUUAUAAUUUAUGGAAAUUUGUGAAAUUGGCUUUUGGGCCAGUUAUGAGGACAUUUGUUGCAGACAAGAUAGCACAUGUGAUGUGAGCAACUGAAUGCAUGAGGAGUGAUUUGUGUAGUACGAUUCAUUGUCUUGCUUGUACAGUAUGGGGUGUGUUAUAUAGGCAUACAUAGUGAGCAAAGUAAUACAAAUGACCAUUGGUUACUAUGUGGUGUCUCUCUUAUCCUGAUGUUUGAGAAAGUUUUGAAACGAGGUAGAUUCAUUCUCUCCCU